GUGCCGGAAUCAGCUGUCACGAUGACAGUUUAUUUACAAACAAACAGUUGCUCGAGCGGCUUGGAGCGUGCAAGCCAUAAAAAAUAAUCCUUAAAAAUUCGUCCUAAAUUCUGUUAGUAAGUGCAGAUGCAUAAUUUACCCGCACCAGUAAUGUAUUCUUGAAUCGCACCUGUAAUCAGCAUUGUUUGUGGGAAGCCGAAGCACACAGAACUGUGACCCACACACAUGCCGGUGUGUGUGAAUGCUUGCCGGGAAAAAAAUAAGAUAAGAAAACGUCCGUCCAAAACUCCACCACUCGUCACGGUGCUGCGUGCUCGUGUGCAAUCGUUGUGCAUUAAAUAUGCUGCUACAUAAAACAGUGCUAUGCGUGGCGCUUGUCGCACUGUUUUGCCAUGUUGCCUUCGCUACCCUUUCGCCGUCCGAUAAGAACAAAAACAAGAAAGUGAAGGAGCUUAAAGUAAAAACUGGCCCCCAGCCAACAAACGUGUACGACCGGGGGCUGGUGCAGGGAGAACCGUCCGCGAAGGACAUCAUAGUGGAGAAUGCGGCCUACUUCCAGGACACGUCACUGAAGCUGUUCGAGGGCAAAGUGCUCGGGUUUGUAACGCCGUGGAACAACCAUGGAUACGAUGUGGCCAAAUUGUGGGGCCCUAAGUUUGACUACGUGUCACCGGUUUGGCUGCAAAUCCUGCGGAAAGGUCCGAAAAAGUACGAGGUAGCCGGUGUACACGAUAUCGACGAUGGGUGGGUGAAGGACGUGAAGAAAGCGGGCUCAACGAUCAACAAUCGAGUUAUUCCUCGCGUUCUGUUCGAUAAGUUCACCGAUCGGGACUUUUCGCAGCUCCUAACCUACCCGGAGGAACGUACCAUUGUCGCGAAACUGCUGCUGGCAACUGCCCGGAAGCAUCGGUUCGAUGGUUUGGUGCUCGAAGUCUGGUCACAGCUGGCGGCGCGUGUCGAGGAUAGCUAUCUAAUUGGGCUGGUGGAGGAAAUAUGCAACACACUGAGCGCUGCAUCGUACGAUUGCAUCCUGGUCAUUCCGCCGGCACGAAAGGAAACGUACGACCUGUUCUCCCGCAAGCACUUUGAAGCGCUCGAACCAUCGGUCACGGCGUUCUCCCUAAUGACGUACGACUUUUCGAGCGUCCAGCGACCGGGAGCGAAUGCUCCACUGUACUGGGUGCGGAAUGCCGUCCAGCACAUCUGCCCCGACGGCGCGGACCGGAUGAGGGAGAAGCGGGCCAAGAUUCUGGUCGGACUGAACAUGUACGGAAGUGAUUUCACACCGAACGGUGGGCAACCGAUAGUGGCUCACGAAUAUUUGGCCCUGCUCAAGCACCUGAAGGGUCACCUGACGUACGAUGAGCAUGAUGUGGAGAAUUUCUUCGAAGUGAAAACCUCCAACGGACGCCAUAUGGUAUUCUAUCCGACUCUGUUCUCCAUAGACGAAAGGCUAAAGCUGGCCCGCGAGCUUGGCACCGGCAUCUCGAUCUGGGAGCUCGGGCAAGGGUUGGACUAUUUUUAUGACCUUUUCUAAAAACGAUCUAUCGUCUACUGAACGAAUAAUGUGCCCGUUCUCCAUUUCGGAUAUUAGAGCACACCUUUAAAGCAACAUGCACAAGCGCAUCCGAAUAAGGCUUUUAUCUAAAAACAAAAACACUAUCAACGAUAGCGUCCUAAAGCAAUAAUUCAGAUCGUUUCUGUUUCUCUCUGA